AUGGUGAUCGGGGGUGACCUCACAUUCUCACACAUUCCCAAGGUCCUGAAAGGUUGCUUGCACACGAUCUGCCAGAAUUGCGCAGAGGACGGGCUUCAACGGUCGGAAGAUGGUUCAUCGAUCAUGUGCCCGUUGUGCGGAGUUUCGACCUCCGACGUGACUUCUACCUCGGCUCUUCAAGACAACAUCGUGGCUCUGCAAGAUGUCCACAGGAAAAAUAGCCAUUGCGACUUCUGCGACGACGUCUCCAAAGCUUCCCAUAUGUGCCAUGAGUGUGCGAGCCUCCUCUGCACAUUCCACAUGACUGCCCACUCCGUGUCCAGAGGCACAAAAUCGCACCGUGUUGUUUCCCUGAAAAACCGCGAGGCCUCCCAUCGUGUUCAGAUCACAUGCGCUCGGCACAGGGACGUUGAAGCAAAGCUGUUCUGCUCAGAGCCUUGUGGCACUACCAUUUGCCACAAUUGUAGUGUCGCUGAGCACUCGGGUCACAGCGUGUUCUUUUCCGACUCAGCCGAAGUGGAACAAGUACAUCGUGCCGGCCUUACCCGUCGUGGGGUUUCUUUGGGUCACAGGUGCGACCCCGAACGACAAAGAAAGAGCUGCAUAUUAGCUAGAGUGCGCGGUGGGUUGGACGCGGUGGAGGCCGUUAAAAUAGGGGUGGAGAAGCACACGCGGCUGGCCGAAAGCGCUACAGUGCGAGCCUUUUCAGCAAUUCGUGCAGCUGUGGACUCCAGGGAGAAGGAAAUUCUCAAGAAUUUGCGAGCUGAUCGGGCACAAAAAAACCAGGACUUGAACGCACAGUUGGCAAAGCUGGGGCAAGUUAUGAGGGCAUACGAAAUUGCUUUAGACUCUACGAACACGAGUCUGGAACGCUUACAUGGUGACCAAUUUUUGGCGAUGGAGCCGACUAUACGCGAGUGCUUGGAUGCACGUGAGGCAGAAUUUCCGUCACGAGAGCUUACGCCAUGUGUCGAAGAUCGCGUGGAAUUCGAGCACGAUCGAAACAUCGCCAACGCUCUCCGCCAAGGAAUCUCUCGGCUCGGAUGCGUGGUAAACGCAGUACGACCAAGAAAGAAAAAAGACAAAUCAACGGCAGCUGAACAAGAGCGUCAUGAGUCAUCGACACCACCAAACGAACACAAUAUCCAUUUCUCUUUGGAAGCAAUCGUCGGGGCCCGCCCUCAAGAAGCAACGCUCGCGAGCCCUACCGACAAAGUUAUUGUCGAGAUAAGGAGCGGGUCGGAGCACGACUUCCUGAAGAGUGGAACUACCGGUCCUGUGAUCGGCAGGGUGGCGCUCCACACGAAGUUUAAAGGUGCCAAGCAUCUAGCAUUCGAAACGGAACAUUUCUUCGAGUCUACAUCGCAACAAGCAACACCUACACGGCACUCGCGGAAGCAGCAGCAUCAGGCGGAAAAAGAGCGGCAAAAACAACCAACACCAUCACGCGACGGCGAUUGCGUGCCCGCCGUCCGCUUCACUAAGGUGUUACGCGUUUUCGGGCGGCGAGGGGAAGGCUCGGGUCGUCUUGAGGCACGCAUGAAAAAUACGAUGUUUGAGUCAAGAAGAAGCCAAGAGACGUAG